AUGGCAAUGGAAGAUCAACCAUAUCUCCCGGAAGCCUCCAAUGGCACUGGCUGUGUGAAAGGGAAGAAGAAACCAGUGAGUCGGAAGAAGAAGGAAUCGGAAAACAGAGCAAAGAAGAAACCGGAGGCUACUUCAGUCAACGAAGAGCAACCUGCAGGUCGUUCCGAUGGCCCUGGAAUUAAGAUUUUAGAGUUUGAUUAUUGCGUUGAAAAUCACUUCAAGGCCAUUGAUACAAUGGCGGAGCUCUGUGGUGAUCGGGAGGAUGGCGUCGGCGAAAUUGAUGAAAGUGACAUUCAGCGGUUUUCAUCAUCCACCAUUUUCUUAAGGGAAUGGAGGUACUACAAUUAUGAACCGAAAACUGUUAAAUUUGCUAGCGACUCGAGGGGCCCCGAGGAUAAGGAUGCUGACAUCAGUGUAAACUUACCACAAUUUUCGUCUGCAGCUUUUCUAAAGAAUGGAGCACCGCCUGAAGCUGCCACAUCGCUGGACUUUAGAAACUUUGUUAUGUAUGUUGGUGGGCCGAUUUGGGCUUUAGAUUGGUGUCCUCAAGAUCACGAAAGGACCGACUCCCUUAUCAAAUGUGAGUAUAUUGCUGUUUCUGCUCAUCCACCUUGCUCUUCUUAUCACAAGAUGGGUAUCCCACUCACCGGAAGAGGUAUGGUGCAGAUAUGGUGCGUAGUGCAUGGCACUGAAAGCCAUGAAGCAGAACCGACAAAAAGUUCUGUGGCUUCCUCAAACUUAUCAUCUCAACCAAGGAAGCCUAGAGGAAGGCCACCAGGGCGUAAGAAAAAUGAGGCAUCGAACUUGCCAUCUCAACCAAAGAGGCCUAGAGGAAGACCUAAAAAGAAACAAGAACCCAAUGAUAACAGUGUUGAAAGGAGUACCUUGCAAGAAGUUCCUACAUGCAAUUCUGACGAUGAAGUUCUUGCUCAGAAGAAAAGAGUGAGAAGAAAAGUUGAGACUAAGAAUCAUGUUGAUGACGUGGGAACGUUAUCACUUACAGAGAAUCGAGAAAAUGAAUCCAAUGCCAUCAAUCUUCAGGCAAAUGAGAAUGUUAUAAGUGAAUAUUCCGGAGAAGACACUCUGUUAUGUAAUAAUGUUUCAGAGAAUGUUGGUUUAGACCCUAGCUCAAUUGAAUUUUCUAUUCCCGAGAGUGUUGCUUUGCCUAGAGUAGUAUUGUGCUUAGCUCACAAUGGAAAGGUAGCAUGGGAUUUGAAAUGGAAGCCAACUAACGCGUGUGAUGCCAAAUGCAAGCACCGAAUGGGCUACCUUGCUGUCUUGCUGGGCAACGGAUCUCUAGAAGUUUGGGAGGUUCCUUUUCCCCAUGUAAUGAGGGCCAUCUAUUCUAAAUGCAAUGGGGAGGGCACAGAUCCUCGCUUUGUAAAGUUGAAGCCUACUUUCAGAUGCUCGGUGUUGAGAAGUGCAAAUAAACAGAGCAUCCCUCUAACAGUGGAAUGGUCAUCAACACCUCCUUAUGAUUAUCUACUUGCUGGGUGCCAUGAUGGAACAGUCGCCUUGUGGAAGUUUUCUGCAAAUAGUCCCUGUGAAGAUACGAGGCCUUUACUUCGUUUUAGUGCAGAUACUGUUCCGAUCAGAGGGGUUGCAUGGGCGCCAAAUGAUAGCGAUCCUGAAUGUGAAAAUGUGAUUCUCACUGCUGGUCAUGGAGGUUUAAAAUUUUGGGACCUAAGAGAUCCUUUCCGCCCUUUGUGGGACCUUCAUCCAGCGCCGAGGAUAAUAUAUAGUCUGGAUUGGCUUUCUGAUCCUAGCUGCGCUAUCUUAUCCUUCGAUGAUGGAACAUUGAGACUUCUCAGUUUGCCGAAGGCUGCGUGUGACGUUCCAGUAACUGGUAAACCCUUCACACGGGUAAAACAAAAAGGUUUACACACUUACUGUUGUACAUCAACUGCUAUCUGGAGUGUUCAAGUAUCAAGGCAGACAGGCAUGGUUGCCUACUGUGGUGCUGAUGGAACUGUUGUUCGUUUCCAGCUUACUACUAAAGCGGUGGUGAAAGAAAAUUCACGUAAUCGAACCCCACAGUUUGUAUGUGAUUACUUCACUGAGGAGCAGUCUACCAUCACAAUCCACACUCCAGAGUUAGAUGUUCCGUUUCCUUUGAAGAAGAUGUCCAACAGACCCGACCCCCCGCCAUUGUCCAUGCGAGCUAUUUUAUCUGAAAUUCAGUCAAAUGAAGGAAACCACAAAACCGCCGCAGCUUCAUUAUCAGAAAAUGGAACGUUAGCCCCUUGCUCCGAUGACGACUUUAAUGUUGAAUCUGGAUCUGAGGAUACACCGACGUCCAUCAAUAAGAAAAGCAAAACUCAAUCGAAGUGCAAAAAGAAGGGAGAAAAGGAUAACCAAGAAUCGGAAUGUAGUGAUGAGGCUAACGACGUGCCAACGAAUAAUGGCGGUGCGCCUGGUUCAGGGGAUAGCCCUGAAAAUUUGCCUCCCAGAUCAGUUGCAGUGCAUAGAGUGAGAUGGAACAUGAACACAGGGAGUGAAAGAUGGUUGUGCUAUGGUGGAGCAGCUGGACUUCUACGCUGUCAGGAGAUUCUGCUGUCUGCCCUUGAUAAGAAGUUGAUGAUGAAGAAAUAAAAUUUGUUUGAAAAAAAAUGGCUUUGCCAACAUGUUUAUGGAAGCUGAUUUUCACGAAGCGACCCGUGCUCGCUCUCGAUUCCUCGUACAAUCAUAAGAUCAAGUUUGCUUCUAUUGGUCCAAAGGAAGCCAUUUUGAAUUGUAAUAGACAUAAUCGUAACCGAGCCAUGGUGCAUUCAUCCCCGAGGGGCUAAAUUAUGGGAGCAGCCAAAGGAAUAACAGGGCAUGACCUUGGGAUAACUGAAGAAGAUGAAUUUGAUUUGGAUUUCGAGUUCAGUUUGAAACGGACCUGUACAUUUUUACUUGGAACAAUCGUUGAAGGAACCACACCAGUCAUGGUGUAAAAUAAACAGUAUCUUUUCGCAGAUACAUAACCUAAAAUAAGUGACACGACGGACGUCUCCUGAGUCGGGUUUAGGAUGUCACGGGACAGUUCGGCUACAAACUCAACUUCAAUAAGUCUACGAAUCGAGAGCUUGGUUCGAUCUUGCUGACUUAUUCUUUUUGGCAUUGAACCUGUUUUGAUCACCACUUAUGUAAUCUAAAUGAACUUUUAGAUAUUCUUUCAUUCCUUAUU